AGCCUUGCAUGGUUAUUGUUCUUUGCAUUAGCGUCUAAGACCUCUUAUCAUACACAAGCACGCACAUACAAACACACAGAUCAAGCACACACUCACAUAAACACACAUUCAAAUGGAGCGUUCCACGCGUCUUGUUUCAGCUGCCUUCGUUCUUGUCCUGAUUUUAGCCGCUACCGAGAUGGGGCCAUUGGGUGUUGAGGCAAGGAGUAAGUCAAGCAAGGAAGUUCAGGAAAGGACCUGCGAGGCUGCGAGCGGCAAGUUCAAGGGGUUGUGCUUUUCAUCCACUAACUGUAAAAACACCUGCAAAAGGGAGCAGUUCACUGGAGGCAAAUGUCGUGGCUUCCGCCGUAGAUGCAUGUGCAACAAAAAGUGCUAAUAAAUUUGUUAAAAAUCAAUGUAAUCUGUGUAAGGACUGUGCUUGUGUAAUGAGAUGGAUUGAUAUGACCCUGUAUCCACAUGGUUGCUUUUGCUAAUAAAAUUCAAUGACCUGCAUGGAUCAUUAUUCUGAU